AUGGAGGACUAUUACGACAUUGACGCCAUCCUCGCAGAGGAUCAGAACGUCAAGUGUGCUUUCCAGAGUAACAUCCCUGGUCUUGCAUGGUUGGAAGGAGGUCAUGAUGAUGCGCUCAAGGCAGGAUCGAGGCUCGAUAUACCAUUCUGGCUCGCACGAGAGCUCGUCGAACAUGACGAAGAGACAGUGGGCAUAGACAUCGAAACACCAGAGUACUUUGGACCCAAGGUCAGGAAUGCCCUCCGGGCGGAUGCGAAUACUGUCGACUUGACGAAACAGUGUCCCAACUUCUUCCGCUUCGGGACCGUUUAUCUUCAGCUGUAA